UCGUGCGGCUUUCUUCCGUGCUCUGCUCGGAAUUUCCUGCCUGACGUUAUGGAAACUACUGCCUGACGAUUCAGCUGAUCUUUCUGCGUAAUUUCCUCCUUGAGGGGGGAGCUUUCUGAUUACAGCAGGCGAGGAUUGCCAUCUCGAUUCGUUGUCCGCUGUUAGUGUUCUGGCUUUGAAAGUUCCAGGCUAUCGUCCCUUGGUGUCCGUGGCUUAGCUACGAGGCUGCUUCAGUGACAUGGUUCCCGUUAAGCACCUUCACAGUCAAGACUCACCCACCUUGUUGGCCAGAGUUAACUGCACAGUCUCCGUGCUGUGGCAUUGUGGGCAGAUUCUGCUGACACAGUUCAGGGUCUUCUUUGGGUUGUUGACCAAGCUCCACACAGUUCUUCUGCUGUCCAGAUCAUCGCAUCUCAAGCCUAUAGAAAACAGACCAUCAAGUAAUGAACAAGUGGUUGAAGUCAAAAAAUUGCUGAACAGGUUUGGAAAAGCAGGCAGUACCAUUGAUGCAGGUAAUCUGCAGUGUGGAUUCAUACAGACUGCCAAAGGAAUUAAUUCUCAGUUGACCCUAAAUAAAUGUAAUUUAAAUGACCACAAAAGAAUCUCCAUGCCUCCAGUUAUUUCUGAAAAUAGUGCUCCGCCCAGUACUGAGAAGAACUAUUGUCAACAUUAUCUGAACAAUAAAUUCAACCAAGAUCACUUCAGAGAUGAUGGUAACUGUAUGACUGAUUGCAAAUGUGUAGCUGUCAGAUACCCUGUCAAUCAAUGCACAAUUACAAAAUUGACUAUGAGAGAAUGGAACAAUAUAGUGGCUGAUCAGGAAGAUUGCAGUUCUAUUGAUAAUGAAGAAUGGGGUGACUCUGACGAAGAGUCUGAUACUCAGUGCAACAGUUAUGAAUCACUUAGUGAUGAGGAACAGAAUGAAAUCCUCUGGAACUCUUUCUUUACAGCAGACCCUUACAAUCCAUUGAAUUUUGCUGCUCAACUUACCAGUUCUUCCACAAAAAUAGUGGGUGAAGAUUUGAAGGAACAGUGUUUAGAAGAAAAUGUGAAGAGGAGAAACAUUGCACAGAAACCAAUUUUACCGCAGAGACAUUUCCAACACUUUUGCAAACUUGGCACUAGAGAAAACGUCAAAUUACAUGUGUGGAAAAAGUCAUCAAAAUGCACUAAAUCUGAAGAAGGCGACAAAGUAAUGAGUAAACCAGCCAGUAAAAAGCUCAGAUUUUCUCCUGUUGUUGAAGUUCACAUAAUGGUGGCAUGGUCCUUUGCACUACGUGAAGCUCGGAAGGGCCAUUGGAUACAGGUGGCUAAUGACAGAGCCAGGUUCUUACACAGGGUGCACAACACAGAACUGGCAAUUGGUUAUUGUCUCCACAAGGACCACAGGUUGAAAAUCUGGGAAAAAAUUCACAGUCAAGCCAGAAUUAUGUAGUGCUUUUCCCCCAGUCUCUGAGUGCACAAAGGACUUAAUGGACGCUGCUGCUCCCUCCUUUUUACCAUUUAGGUUAUAUGGCUAUACCAGCGUUGCAGUAGCAAGUCAGGUACUGCCUCUGACAUUGAUGGAUCUUUCCAAGCUGGCCUGGUGGAGAUUUGAAAUUCUGAUGCAAGUCGCAAACUUAAAGCUGCUGGUUCCAUGUGUGUAGGCCAGCAAGUGCUGAGUUUUGAAUUAAAGAGCUUUGAAUGAAGAAUAUUUUCCAAUCUUAGUAAUAGAGGAGCUUGCACUGUCCUUUCUGUUGUAAUGUAAAUUAAGUAGAUUCCAGAAACUAUAGCUUGUGCAGAACUGCUACUCUGUUCUGGUUUUGUCUGUUCAAUUGUCACACUUCAAAUGUCUAAAUUGCAACAAAAUAAUUAAUUAUGUAUAAUUUAUCAUGUGUUUCAGUUGUAGUAUUUUGUAUAUCAGAUUUAUUGAUUUCUUGCCUAUUGAGAAAGGUUGAACAUUUCUGAAUAUAUAUUUUGAACUCGCUGUAGUCUUCAUUUUUCUGUUGGAUCUGAUGGUAUAUUUUGGUCAGUGUAUUAAUGUUAAUAAAUAGAUUGAUAUGACUUCACU